UGAAGAACAAUAACUCUGCAGGGAAUGGUGUACACGCGGAUGUAAACAAAAUAGAAAAAAAUGGAUUUCGAAGACUUAGGACUACACGACUGGUUAUCCAAUCAGUGUAAAACAAUGGGACUUAAAAAACCUUCCGGAAUCCAAGAAAAUUGUAUUCCUCACAUAUUGAAAGGUGAAGACUGUAUUGGAUGUGCUAAAACUGGAAGUGGUAAAACUGCAGCAUUUGCUCUACCAAUCUUACAGAAAUUGUCAGAAGAUCCAUUUGGAAUAUUUGCUCUUGUGCUUACACCAACUCGUGAACUGGCAUUUCAGAUUUCGGAGCAGUUUAAUGUUCUAGGAAAACCAAUUGGUGUGAGGGUAUCUGUGAUAACAGGUGGUCUAGAUAUGAUGCAGCAAGGAUUAGAUUUGGCUGUGAAGCCACACAUUGUUAUAUCUACACCAGGUCGGCUUGCUGACCAUCUUGAAAGCUGUGAUACAUUUAGUCUGAAAAAAAUUAAAUUUUUGGUUUUAGACGAGGCAGACAGAUUAAUAGAAGAUGACUAUGGUGAACAAUUAGAGACAAUAUUUAAAGUAUUACCACGGAAACGUCAAACUUUGUUGUUCAGUGCCACAAUGACAGACACAUUACAACAGCUCCAGGAAGUUGCUCUUAAUAAACCUUUCUUCUGGCAACAACCUUCAGAAAUUGCGACAGUUGAGCAGUUAAAGCAGUAUUAUGUAUUGAUGUCAGCUGAUGUAAAGGAUGCCUACAUGAUGCACGUGUUAGACAUGUACUGUGAGGCCCACCCUAAAUCUUCAAUUAUGAUCUUCACAUCAACAUGCAAAUAUACACAGAUACUGGGCAUGAUUUGUCAGGAGCUAGGGUUUGAUUGUGUAGUUCUCCAUUCUUUAAUCAGACAGAAAGAACGUCUUGCAGCUUUAGCCAAGUUUAAAUCAAACCAAGCAAAGAUUCUUAUUGCAACUGAUGUUGCCUCCAGAGGAUUAGAUAUCCCCAUGGUGGACCUCAUCAUAAACCAUAAUAUUCCUAAUAAACCCAAGAAUUACAUACACAGAGUUGGCAGAACUGCUAGAGCAGGUCGUGGGGGAACUGCUGUAUCCUUAGUAACACAGUUUGACAUAAAACUGGUGCAUGCCAUAGAAGCAGAAAUAAAUACAAAGCUUGAUGAGUACCCAACCCAUGAGAAUGAGGUUAUGAAGAUAUUAACAGAAGUAGCAGUAGCACGUAGGGAGGCAGAAAUUAGACUUGAUGAAAGAGAUUUUGGCCAGCAGAAAGAAAUAAACAAGAGAAAAAAGUUGAUUCAAGAGGGAAAGGACCCAGAGGAAGAAGAGAGAAAAAGACAGAAAUUGAUGAAACAAAAGUUUAGGAAACACAGAGCAAAACUGAGGGAAAAAGAAGAGAAAUUGAAACAGAGAAAUACAGAUGAUCUGCCAGAGGCAUCAACAUCAUCUUCCUUGUACAGAGAACAAAGACUUAGUAAAACACAAGUUAAAAACUGUAGAAUCUGAAAAAAGUCAAGUAAAGAAAGACUUGAAAGAAAAAGUAAAGCGCAAAAAUGUGAAAAUGAAAUAGAGGAGUUCAUUAAAAAAAAUUAUUAA